AUGAAUCCCGAUUGCGCCAAUGCUGCCAAUGCUGACGCAGACCACAUCGCUGACGGUCCCACGCAUGAGCGUGGCACCGCAGAGAUCCUCUCCGGCGCGGCCCCAAUCGAGAGCGAGGAGCUCGGGGUCACUUUCGAUAGACUCCACGACGACAUCGAAAAGGUCUCCCUAGAAAGCCCCGAUGGUAGAGAGCCGACAGAGGAGGAGAAGAUUACUCUCCGCAAGGUCGCCGGUUCCAUUCCUGCCAUCUCUUGGGUGCUCUGUGUAGCCGAACUUGCUGAGCGUGCGAGUUACUAUGGCGCCAGUCAGGUAUUCAACGAUUAUAUGCAGUUUCCUCUCCCCGAGGGCGGCAAUGGUAGCGGAGCUGUUCCGAAGAGCGAUCCCAACGGCCAUGCUGGCGCAUUGAACCAAGGUCUUCAGUUUGCCUCGGCCUUUAGCACUUUGUUCACGUUCUUGGCCUAUGUCUUUCCCAUCCUUGGUGCUUACAUCGCAGACACGCGUCUCGGAAGAUUCAAGACGAUUCUCGUCGGCGUCACCAUUGGUGCUGUUGCCCACGUCAUCAUGAUUGGCGGUGCUGCUCCAUCCCUUCUCAAAGCCGGCAAGGGUCUCGCGCCAUUCAUCGUCUCGUUCUUCACUCUGGCCAUCGGUGCUGGUAUCUUCAAGCCCAAUGUGGCACCGACUGUCAUCGAUCAGUACACCAACCAGCGGCAAGUGAUCAAGGUGCUCAAGACGGGAGAAAAGGUCAUCAUCGAUCCCGAGCGCACGAUUCAACGGGUGAUGCUCAUCUUCUAUGCCAUGAUCAACGUCGGCGCCUUCUUCGCCAUUGCAACCACGUACACUGAGAAAUAUGUCGGCUUCUGGUUGUCCUUCCUCUUGCCAGGCAUCGUGUACUUCCUGCUCCCCUUCCUUCUGUUAGCAGUGUACAAGAGACUCGUCGUCAAGAAGCCAAAUGGAUCUGAGCUGACCAAUUUCUUCAAGAUUGUUUGGGCUGGUCUCAGGUAUAACAAAUUCCAGGUUUGGAAGAAGGACUUUUGGACUGUUGCUUCCCCCUCCAAGCUGGCAGAGCGCGGCAUCCAGGUAACGUGGACUGACCGAUCUGUGCUGGAUGUGCAGCGCACAUUUGAGGCCUGUGUCAUCUUCCUAUACUUCCCCAUCUACAACAUCAAUGAUGGAGGUGUUGGUGCUGUGCAGUCGAACCAGGGUGCGUCCAUGACGAACAACGGAGCGCCGACAGAUCUUCUCGGUAACUUCAACCCUCUCGUCAUCAUCGCCCUUGCGCCGGUUCUGUCGUACGGUCUGUAUCCGCUCUUGGCCAAGUAUGGCAUCAAGUUCGGCCCCAUCCGCCGUAUGACAUUCGGCUUCAUGCUUGCAGCAAUCUCCGGUGCCAUUGGUGCCAUUGUUCAGUGGAGAGUGUAUGAGACGAGCCCCUGUGGCUACCAGGCCAGCACUUGUGACGACGUGUCGCCCAUCAACAUCUGGUGGCAGAUUCCCAACGUCGCCCUUGGUGCUAUUUCCGAGCUCUUUUGCAACGUAACUGCGUAUGAGAUGGCAUAUGCGCGCUCUCCGCCUCAUCUCAAGUCCGUCGUCAUGUCUCUCUUCUUGUUCACUACCGCUUUGUCGAGUGCACUUGGCGAGAUCCUAAUCCCCGCCAUUGUCGACCCGCAUUUGAUUUGGGUUUGGGCUGGUCCAGCAAUUGCACUCUUCGUCCAGACGAUUGUCUUCUGGCUUAGACACCAUAAGCUUGAUGAUGAUAUUUAUAUGCUGGAACAGGAGACGCCUACCCAGUCCCAGGCCCAGCUCACACAAACGCGUGAGUCGGAGCUGGAGCAAGAAACGGUAGUUAGGGAUGUUGAGAAGGCAUAAUAAGCUGGGCUUACAACAGGCGGUACUCAAGUGGUGGAAAGCCCUAUCACUAAUACGGCUGUCGUGUCUUGAAAAUGGCAGCGCUUUUGUCUUCUAAGUGCUGAACACGCGUAUUGGUCAAGAGGAAGGGGAAGAUGCGAAUAGCAGAGUAAGUCAAGGUGCUAGCGGUAGCCGGGAGAGAAGUAGGAAAUAUACGAUACCCAUUUAAUUGAGCCGACCACGGAGCCGACGCUCUCUUUUUGUAUAAACUACGACUCCGAAGCCGUCUCGGCGUCGGGUUCGGCCUCGGUCUAGAGAGGAAUAGCUCGAAAUGCGCCGCCGGGGAUUGUCUGCUGUCCAUGAGGCUCAUUGAUCCUGAAGGAUCUGACGUUUAAGCCAUAAAGGGUAGAAUUGCACACCGGUCGGCGCACCUGAGCCGUCUACCGGGACACAUUUGUGGGAGGGAUGUCUAAUGUUGGGUGUUUGCGUGAGUGAGUCAUCG